AUGUACGACGAUGGAUUUGGCAAUAUAUUCCAUCCAACAACCCUAUCAAUAUCGUGUCGCGAUAUUCCAAAAGAUCUUGAAUACGACAAUCGAAAGUCAGUUCAUCACAACCAUCAAGGCCGUCGAACAGCACUGAGAAAUGGGAAAGUUGUGUUUCUGAAAGGCUCUAUAGUGCAAGGAACUUCCAUCAAAGUCCCAAGGCUGGGGUCCCCAAUAGCCAAAAAAAUCAAGACGUCGAGUGCUCCAAAAUUCUCGGAUGUUGUUCAUGAUGAGAGUCUUCCCUCAUUCCCAGGAUGGAACGAACAAGCCAAUAAUCUUCAAAAGAAAGUUGGGAGCAACGAUAUGUCAAGCAUUCUUUCCGAAAUUGAGAAUGCUUGGAAAGUGUGGACAAGAGAAGCCGCGAAAGCUUACUUGAGAAAGGAGGAGAUCGUUGUUCCAUAUAAGGGUCGAGUCCCAUGGAAGGAUAGCAUUGUUCGGAGCAGUGGAAAAAUUGCCGAUCAAUUGCGACUCAACACCAAGAUCAUUUCAAUGUUCUUUGAAAAGUUCCGUGAUCGCGCCUUGCUCGACUGCAGUUUUCUCGUCAGCGAGAAUGGAAGGACUGUCGGCGAGCUCGAGAAGCAGCUCGAAGAUUUCGUGAAAGCAACAAAACGAAUAUUAACGUUUGAAUGGCCGAUGGACGUAGCUCAUUUGAUGCUCGAUGAAGGCGAAUCAUGGAUUCCACUCCUGGUGACAUCCACAGCUCACACGGUGUUCAACGCGGUUGCCGCCACAAUGGCGAGACUUCUAUACGAUCUUCUCCAGGAGAACAUAAAUCGCGUUCGAACGGUGUUUGAGCAGGAGGAUGAAGCUCGACUCAUAAUUGUGCUCAAUGAAGGUGAUGAAUCAUUCGACUAUUGGAAGAGGGUGAAUGUUUUAUUGGAACUUUCUCGAGUGCCACGCGUUGAUCAUAAGAUUUACCCGAAAAUGUUCAAAGAGGCUUUUAUCGACAUCAGGAAUUGGUUUUCCUCAUUGAGCAUUGUAUUUUCACCGCUGCCCCAGCCGUUUCGAAAAUUGAACGAUGAAAUUGAGGUGCUCAAUGCAAAAUUGAAAGAGUAUGAAGACGAUCCGAAACAAUAUAAAGCAUGGGAGAAUAUCGCCACUCGCUUAUUAGCAAUUCGUGAUGAGAUUCUACGGAAACCGGGCAAAAUAUUGCAGGAUUUCAUCAUUUAUGAUUGUGGGCAAAUCAAGAAAAGCGAGCUUCGACGAGUGACGGAUCUUGAGGAGAAGCUCAAAUCAUCAAUUCUUUUAUAUCUCUCAUCGAGGAAUAAUGAAAUCCGCGCGAAAUUUUCAAAUUGCUCAGCGAAGCUUUUUCGAAAUGACGUCAUAACUCAGCUCAGAAACAUUGAAGAAGUUCAAAAUGAGCUUCCUAAAAUAAAAGCUCAAAUCAUGGAAAUUCACGAAGCCUACGACAUUUACAUGAACAUUUUUGUCAUGCCAGAUUAUGAUAUAAGGCAAUAUUACGAAAUAUCGCGUCUCGGGCACAAAUUGGAGCAGCUUGUCAAUUUCGUUUGGGACCGAAUACACCAUGAAAGGCAAUGGAUCACCAAACAAGUAUCUGAAAGCACUUCCAAAAACUAUUAUGAAUGUGAGAUGAUUGAAAAAGAGUGGCUCGAUUGCCUGAAGAAAUACCGAACUGCUUCAAGGAUCAAUGAGGUCCAAAAAGUCCAAAUCAAAAUGGUUCAUCUCAGCGAGAAAAGCGCACUACUUCAAGAAAGAGAUGAUAAGCUCAUAGGUCAAAGGUCACUUCUCGGCCUUCCGGCUUCUCCAAUUGAUUGUGUGAGAAUCGCAAAAAUGUGCCAAUUUUUCUCGAAACUCGCCACCCUUCAUUACAACACAUUAUUGCACCAUGAAGCUUGUUUAAGAAUGAGAAUCGCCGACGUCGAUCAUACCGUUCUCGUCGACGAAACGGAGAAGCUUCGUCUAGCCAUGGAUGAGAUCGAGCAGGAAGCGGCGACGAUCAAUGAGCAUUCCAACACAUCGAAAGAGGCUUUGAAUAAGAUUCAAGCAAUUCUGAAUGAGUUCGAGAAGCUUCUCCCGGUUCUCGGAGCGAUUUCAUGUCAGGCAAUGAAAGAUCGCCAUUGGCAACAGAUUCUGCAAGACACUGAGAGCAGUGUGAAGGUUGAAGGCAACCCCUUGGUGAGCGAAUUGCUUGAAAUGAAGUUUAUCGAGAAAGCUGAAAAGUUUGAGCAGGUGGGAAUGCAAGCUGAAAAGGAGCGCGUCUUGGAGAAGUCGAUAGAAACAAUGAAGCAGCAAUGGAAGGGUGCGACGUUUUCGACGCACACGAAUGCCGGAGAGCUGCUCACCGGCGAGCUCGCCAUUCAAAUGCAAGCGCAUUUGGCAAGAUGUCAAACCAUUUUGUCAUCGCCUCAUGCGUUCUCGAUUCUCGAUCAGAUUAAGCAUUGGCUGGACACAUUGAUGAAUGUGAACACUUUUGUGAAUUUGUAUAAGCAGUGCGACACUCGCUGGAAAAUGAUUGAAGGCGUAUUUUCGACAGAAGACAUCGCUUAUCAAAUGCCGCACGAAUUUCGAACGUUUAAGAAGAUUUCUCUUCGUUGGCUUCAUGCCAACAAUCAGAUUACUGAGGAGCGCCCAAUUCUUGAGCAAAUCGAUCUCAUCAAAAAAUUGAAUAUUGAGCUAGCUGAGCUCGAAAUUCUGUUCGGCAAAAUGGAAAACGGAUUUCAUGCGUACCUGCGGAAGAAGAGGGCUGUCUUUCCGCGACUCUUCGCAUUGUCCGACGAGCUCGUGCUCUCAUUGAUCUGCGACAGUCGAGAACCGAUCAAUUGCAAUGCUUAUAUCCCACUCCUAUUCCCAUCAAUUUUGGGAUUUGAGCAGAACACGAAAAAAGAAAUCAUUCUGGUAAAAACCAAAUCGGAAACGAUAAUGCUCACCAAGCCAGUGAAUGUGAAUUUGUCAAAGCGUCACGUCGAGAAAUGGAUGCACGAGUUGGAUGUUCAAUUGAAGCACACAAUCAAAUCGAAAAUCCGAAGUCUUAUUGAUCGUCUCAAUUACGCAUUCUCACCAAUCGAAACCAUUCUGAGUGAGCCAAUUCAAGUCGGAGUGAUGUAUACAAAAAUUGCGGUGACAUUCCAAAUCGAAAAUGCGUUCAAGCUUAAUAAUUUGAUGGCUCUUGGGAGCACAUUGAAGAAUGCUCUUCGCGAAUGCCAACACGCGGUUAUUCAUAAACAUAGCCGCCGAAAUUUCUUGCUUCACACCUAUCAAGUAUUGAGAAAUGCUUCAACAUUAGUCAGCAGCUUCAUCACUGAUCAAGUCGUAUUCCUUGAUGAUUAUCGCUGGACUUCUCAUGUUCGCUAUUAUUGGCAUAUGGAGAAUGUGUUCAUACGCGUCGGAACGGUCUCAAUUCGCUAUGACUAUGAAAUCAAUCAUUUCGACGAUUUGCCGGAUCCUCAUUUCAUUGAAACCGCCCUCAAAAAUUUCAUAUUCAUGAAUCAUUUUGGAUUCGGCGGUCGGAUGGGCGUCGAGUCGAUCGAUAUGGCGCGGCAAGUUGCGAUUGCGAUGGGAAGACCACUAGUGAUUUGCGAUGCGGCCGAUGAAGCCGAGUGCAGAAUGCUUCUAGACGGUUCAAUGCUAUUCGGAGCGAUUGUCUAUAUAAAAGAGAAGAGCGCGUUCAAAUUGGGCCAACUUCUUGAAAAGGAUGUCUACACAUCGCAUUGCCUUGGAAAUUUGAAGUACACGUUUGAGACGGAAAUUACCAUCAACACCUCAACAAUGAUAUUUUUGAGCGAUACUUUCAACACAGCUCGACAGAUUGGCCAUCCACAAAAGAGGCAUCGAUGGGCGCACGUUGAUUUGUUGAGAAAAUUGCUGCAGAUCACCGACAUUCCGCAAGUGAUACUACAAAAUGAAGCGAUUCCCUAUUUGGCGAGGAAGAUUCAACAGCUAAUCAAACUCCUUGAGACCCAUUUGUUGGUGAUUGUUUGUGGCGCGAGGCUCACGGGAAAAACUCGAAUCAUCGCAAAAGCUGCCGAAAUUCAAUGCGCCGAUGUUCACUUUCAUCGAGGCAUUUGGCAGGAACUUGAGGAUUAUACGGAACACGCGAAAUUGUACGGCAAGAAAAAUAAAUGGAUUGUGAUUGAUGGAAUGCUGGAUGAGAAGAGUCGAAAGGCGCUACUGAGGAAGGAAUAUUCCGCAUUGGCAAGGACCAUGCUAAUCGAUGAUUUAAAGAUGAUUAAUAUUUUAGCUUUACCACAAAGAGUUGAGCACGUCGAGCCCGAAUUUUCCAAUUUUCCAAUAGUUCAAUUGGAUGGCAUUGUUGAUUUUUCCACGGAAAGUGAUGUAACGGAUAACGAGCGCUUAUUGAUUGAAGAAGUUCUACAGAAAGCCAACAUCGAGGAGUUCUUCCAGGAUGUGAUCCGAAUCAUUGGGAAGAUCAAAAAGUCUAUGACAUUGUCAAAUCAAGAGUUAUUCAUUAACUGUCUUUAUACGUCAAUUAUUAGUUUGACGGAUUCGCAAAAAUUAAUCGGGUCCAUAUUCAAAGAGGAUGAAGAUCUUCAAAAUUUCUUCACAAAAGUCCCACACUCUCAAGGCUGGUAUAAUUAUAAUAACGAGAAUGAGGCUCAUAUACCAGCUAGUGAAUUCUACAUUAUCCAUGUUGCCAACUUGAUUCUUGGAACUGAGUUGAUCCCUUUGAUCCAUUCAAUGCCAUGUUUGGAGUUCUCAAAUUUUAUUGCGCAAAUUCAGCAGAAUCUCGACAAUUUGGGCUGGUACGCUAUCACCACAUCAAUCGAUUCUGAAACCACAAUUGAAGAGCUGAAGCAAUUUGUCGAUAAUUGCACAAUCAUGUUUGGAAGCCAUGAAGUUACUGAGGUUGAUGAAGCUCGAGAAGGCUCAAACUUCCUCCUAAUUCGUGGAAUCGAGAGCGCAAAAAUUGAAGUGAUCGAUUGGCUUCGGAAUAAUUUCGAAAAAAAUAAAAUUAUGAAAAUGAUUUGGCUAUCCAAAUACGAUAAAACCCACUAUCCAAUGAGAAUUCAAAAAUUCCUAUUUUCCAUUAACUGGAUGGAAUUAACCCAAAUUAGGCCAAAAGAAUAUCCAUUGGCCACUUAUGAAAAAGUGAUUAAUUUGAUAACGGAAAAAGUGAAAAAUGAAGAAGUGAGAAAUGCGAUUAUAAAUCAACUAAUUGAAGGCUUGUCUGAUGCAGUGAUUCUCAAAAAUUAUGAGAAGGUUUGCGAGCUGAAAAUUUCAGAAGAGUCAAGACUUGUUCGCAGUCAAGCUUUUAUUGAGAUCAACGAACUUCAAGACAUCUAUCAGAAAGAGGAUACUGCCAAGCAAACGAAAGAGCGGAAGUUGAAGCGAGAGCCAUUUGAGAUUCGAAAAGCCGAUGCUAGAAAUAUCAGUUUACUGGAGAGUGUCUUAGCAAAGAACAGCGUUCUUAUAGUUGGAAGUAGCAAGCCGCGAAUUGUGCAUUCCGUGCAGUUGGCCUGCGAUUUGAACAAACAGCAAUGCAGUACGGAUUUUGGGGUCUCGAAUGUUGACGAAUGGAGGAAGCUGAUGAACAAGACCCUUCAAGAAUGCCUAAUCGAUGGAAAGGAAUCUGUGAUUUGCAUUUCGGUGUCCUCGAAGCCUUCGGCAUUGAUGUCCGCGAUUCUCGCUGACUGCAUCUCGAUAUGCUGUCACAGCAUUGUCCCACCGCGAUAUCUUUCCCGUUUAAUGAUCACCGAGUUUGGUGAAAAGCACACGUUGGAAGGAAAAGGCAUUUGGCAGACGAUGGCGGCGAAGCUUGCAUUAUUGAAGGUCGUUGUUAUCUUGAAGCCGGAGCACUUCUCAUGGUUCCAUGACAAUCAGAAGCAACUUCUUGGGCGUUUGAUAGUCAACUGGCAUGGGCAGUAUAGCAAGAAUGAGAUUGUUGAGGAGAUUCGAGAGGAGAUGAAAGCUUCAGGGCUGUUCAAUGGCAAUCAGAUGUCCACCAUAAUCGAAGUGAUCGAGAAGCUUGAGCAGAUGAGCAUUCUGACGGACAACGCGCACAAAUUGAGAAUCGUUUCAACAAUUGUGAAGUUGUCAAGAAAAAAGCGGAGAAUUGUUGAAAAAACCAUGCAAAAAUAUGAGAAAGGAAUGGAGAAAAUGAAGCGCGCCGAAGAGCAGGUGGCCGGAAUGCAAGGCGAACUCCUCCGAUUGCAGCCGCAACUACUCAGAACAUCGAUUGAGACGAGUUUUCUGAUGAGUACCAUUGAGAAGGAGACGAUCGAAGUGGAGAACGCGAGAGAAGUUGUCGCUGCCAAUGAGAACAAGGCUAAUGAAGCUGCAACCAAGGUGCAGGCAUUGAAGGCUGAAUCAGAAGCUGAAUUGGCUUCUGCAAUUCCAGCAUUAGAAGCAGCAGUGGAAGCGCUAGAAACCAUGACCCAAAGUGAUGUGUCCUCGUUGAAAACCAUGAGAUUCCCUCCAUAUGCUGUGCGCCUUUGCAUGGAAGCUGUUUGCAUUCUACUUGGUGUGAAGCCCGCGAAAGUCACCAAUGAAAAUGGCGAGGUUGUGAAUGAUUAUUGGGUGUCUGGCCAGAAGCUUCUCUCCGACAUUCAUUUUCUGGCGCGAAUUCGAACAUUUGCGAGAGACUCGACGAGUCGACGAACAAUGAAAUUGAUUCGCGAGAAGUAUUUGUCGAAAGAGGAAUUCGAUCCGGAAAAAGUGAAGCAGUGCUCAUUGGCCGCUGAAGGAUUGUGCCGAUGGGUGCUCGCCGUCGAUAUGUACAAUCAGAUCAGCAAGAUUGUUGAGCCGAAAAGGGAGCGAUUGAGAAAAGCUGAAACAUUGGUGAAGCAACAUUUGAAGCAAUUGGAAGUCAAACGCAAAGCUCUUUUGAAAGUCACUGAUAAGCUGCAAGGCCUCUCGGAUCAAUUUAGUCAGAUGUGCCAAAGGAAGCAGGAGCUCGAAUCUCAAAUAUCAAGCUGUGAGACACGAAUGGAAAGAGCUGAGCGGCUUGUGCAAGCUUUGAGCGGUGAAAAAGACAAAUGGCAAGCUAAAAUGACCGACAUUGCUCAUGAAGAUUCUCUAUGUGUUCCUCAUGCAGUUGGUUCUGCUCUAGCUCUUCACGUUUUUGGAAAAUUGCCAAUCGAUCAGAGAGAAAUUGAGCUUCGUAAAACCAUGCGAAUAUUAUUCCCAAACCUUGAAGUCACUAUCCCCUGCGACCUCAAAUCAAUCGUUGGGCUCGUUGAAGAGCCGAUGUGUUUUGUUAAUGAUGAUGAUCGAGCCUUUAAUGAGCUUCGCAGCAGAUAUAACAAGAUUAUCAAAGCUGAUGAUUUCUCAAACGUCGAUAAGAGUCUUCUAGUCGAGGCUAAAUGCGUAGUGCUUCUCGAUUAUGAUUCAAAUCGCAAUGAUCAUUUCGAAUGUUUGGAAAAUGGCAUGUUUUAUGUCAAAACUCUUAAUGAUUCGACCAUAUUCGAAGUUUCUGGAAAUGAGUAUGAAGUUAAUCGCGACUUUCGAAUAUUUAUAAGAACUCACGACAAUGAUGCUCAAUUGGAAAACACGAUUAUUAUUAAUAAUGCUUACACUGAUUCGGAAUUGAGACAUGAAAUUUGUGAGCGUUUGGGAAAUGCCAAUUGGCCUCAAACAUUGCAUGAUUAUAAUGAAAUGGUGAAAUUGAAACGAAUUGAUGCCGACACUUUAGAAAAAACUGAAGAUGAGAUGCUUGAUUUAUUAGGUAGAUCCAAGGAUCUUGAUGAUGAGAAGGCAAUCGAUCUUCUCGCAGAAGCGCGAAAUCUACAAGCCUCAAUUACAGCAAAAGGGAAUCAGAUAGACGAGAUGGAGCGUUCCUUGAGAAUAAUCGAAAAUCGAAUGGCUCCCUGUAUUGAAUGGUCUGCGAAAAUCGUCAAAAUGUGCUAUUCGCUAUCGAAAUUUCAAGAAUUUUACCGAAUGCCUUUAAGCUUUUUGCUUGACGUGUUGAAUGUUAAGCUUGUGAAGAGCCUUGACAGCGUUGACUUCAAGCUGGUGAAUCGGCAAAUUUCCAACAUUUUCUGGAAGCGCAUCUCUGAUUAUUUGGCGUGGGAUGAUAAACACAUAGUGCACCAUCUACUAUUUUCUAAUAUGAACUAUCAAGUCGACCGAAUAGUAUUGGAGCCUCAAGAAAAGAAUAGCAUUGACAGUUUUUCGAACUUUGCAAGUUUUGUCCAAAAAUCUGGAUUCAGAAAAUUGGUCUUAUUAAAAUAUGAUUCUGAAGUUUACACCUCAAUUAUACAAUUUGGACAAGUUUCGCGGAAUAUUAACUGGAAAGUCGUCUCGAUUUUGGAUCAUAUUUUACCGAAACUGGAAAAAAUAAGCGAUGAGAAUACAUGGCUUUUAAUGAAUUUAUAUCAAAUCGAUUACGAAACCAUUGAUAAAAUCAAAAAGAUACUUGCGAAACUUGCCGAAAUCCCAAAUGUUCAUCCUGCUUUUCGAAUUAUUGCCGCGAUUUCUGAAGAGAUUCCAUAUAAGAAUUCGAUCAAUGAGCUUUCCAACAAUAGAUUUUAUUUUUCGGCUCCAGAUUCCCUUGCACAAAUUUUUAGAAGGCUAUUCGCCAACUUCUCCUUGAGAACUUCCUAUGAUAAAGCUGAUGAGCGUUUGAGACAUCAAGUAAUUCGAAUAAUCUGCCUACAUUAUGGAUUUUUGAAAAGGAGUCGAUUGGAUCCUCACUUCCAUGCUCGAAUCGAUGAUGCCGACUUGUUAGCGGCGAUGAAAUUGUUCCAGCAAGUCCGUAACUUGAAUGAACUGCCAAAUGAGAAACAAGAUUACAACACUCUCAGAAAAAAUGUGAUUGAGCCGAUAUACUUUUCAAAGAGUUAUAAUAAGGUGUACAGGAAUAUUGCGUACGCGAUGACUCAAUGGAUACUUGAGGGAAAUAUUUCCGUUCCUGCUGACACAUCAUUGAAGAAAAUUCUAAAAGAUGAUGCUUGCAAUUUUGACGAUUUUGCUCACUUUGCACAAUCUCACGAUGACAUCAUUCUUUGCGGUUUGAAUUCGAGAAUUUCACGUGGUCUUCAAGCAGCUCACGAGAAACUUGUUUUGAUGAAAAUGCGAAGCUUAUUCGAUAAGGAUUUUGAGAAUUAUCGAAAGCAAAAUUUGGCCAAGAAGCACCCAAAAGUCGAGUCGAAAUCACCAUCAGUUGAAGGAAUUGAUGGAAGAGAAAUCGAAGAUUUGGAGAAGAUUAUCUCAACUUUUAAAAUUGAGUUUGCUUUAGAGCACAAAAUUAAUACAUCAGAGAUUGAGGUUAUUGGCGAAGUGAAAGAAUCGAAAACUCCGCAGGCGACUGCUGGAAAAUCUGUUAAUUUAAAAAAUUGCAGUUUAUUUUAUGCGCAAUUGUCACAUGGGGAAAUAAUUGAAACUCAAACUAUUAAUCCUCAGUUGAUUUCCGUGGUUCUGAAAUGUCGAAAAAUGAUUGGAACUGGAAACCAAAAAUGUUUGCCGAUAAUCUGCCCAAAAACCAAGGAUCGUGUGGCACAUUUAAUAAUUCAAUCGCAACUUCCCGAAAUUCAUUGGCACUUGAGAGGAGCGUUCCUGACCGUUGGAAAAAUAUGA